CACAUCAUCACCUGGUUGGCUGUACUCCACCGUCCCUUUCUUUCCGGCCGGCAAUCUCAUCCUUCCAAACCACCCCAUCCUCUCGGGCGUCCGUCCCCUUGCCUUCUGGAGCAGCUCUGCCACAACUUCCAACUGAAUGCCACGCAAAGUCCGCCACCUUUCGCCCCCGUCAUCUUACUACUCCCUUACAAGCAUCAAACUAAACCUCCUCCUAUAUCAUCACAAAACCCCUCCUUCUAUCUGCCUCCAAACCGAUAACAACCCAUCCACAGCUCCUGCAAUUAACCUCGCAUUUUUCUUCUCCUGAUCCUUUACUCGUCAUAAGCUAUAGCAAGGCCAUGGAAGAGUCGAAGGACGCCGAGCCGAGCGCGCGGGUGCAAAUCGUCGAGCAGUCCGAUGGAUUCGGCAUCGUGAUUGGCGACAGCCAUGGCUCCAGCUUUUUUGGGCCUCAGAGAGCGAUAAGCGACCUGCGGAGCAUCAACAGCGACGAUGCUGCCGGCCCCUCCGGAAGGAGGCAUGGCGACGACGCCCCUGAGAAGAAGCUGACGCUCUUCGCCCUCCGCCUCGCCGUUCUUGAGAAGGCUGCCAGUGGCCUCGGCGCGUUGGGAUUCAUCUGGGCCACCGUCGUCCUCCUCGGCGGCUUCGCCAUCACUCUGGAACGGAAGGACUUCUGGUGCAUCACCGUCAUCCUCCUUAUCGAAGGCACCCGGAUAUUCAGCAGGAGCCACGAGCUCGAGUGGCAGCAUCAGGCCACCUGGUCCCUCGCCCAGGCCGGCCGGUCCAGCUUCCGCGCCAUCAAGUCCAGCUCCCAACUCUUCUUCCAUGCGCUCCUGACCAUCUUCCGGCCGUUCCCGAUCGAAAGCGGGAGAAUCGCCGGCGACGUAGGAAAAGUCAGCGAGGCCCCGAGGCGAGGCGUUGCGGCGCGGCGGACAUGGCAUACCUCCGACGUCCCCCUCCUCCCCUAUGCCGGCUGGGUCUUCCUCUCCCGCAAUGUCAGCCGACUUCUCUACUGGCUUCAGCUCGUGUCGGCCUCGUCGUGCGUCUCGCUGUCGCUAAUGCGCCUCGUCGAGCAGGACUAUGGAGUGGUACAGGUCGAUGACACCGACAACAAGAAGAACCGGCGGUCGGCGUUGAAUAUUUUCUACGGCCUGGCCCUCGCCGAGGCUCUGUUUUUCCUUGCUGAAAGGGCCUACUUGGAGUGGAAGGUCAGCUACUGCCGACUGCUCGACCAAGUGAGCAUGGAGUGCCACCUCGGUGCCUACGGCAUGGUGUCGAUCAAGAGGUUCUUCUACGAUGCCUACUCGAAAUGCAUCAACGGCAGCAUCUUCGAUGGGCUCAAGAUGGACCUGAUCACCUUUGCUGAGGAGCUCCUCGCCUCGAGCUCCCGUGACGAGCAGCUCAUCGGGGCACGCAUCCUGCUCAAAUUCUCGACCAGCCGCCGGUUCGCCGAUGCCGCACUCCGCAAGAUUGGGACAUCCACCCUGGUCAUCGAGAGGCUGAUUGAGAUGCUGAAUUGGAAGAAUUCAGCUGAGGAGGAGCUCAGGCAGUCGGCUGCGGUCCUUGUCUCGAAGCUUGCUGGGAAGAAGCAGAAUGCGCUCCGGGUCGCAGGGAUUCCAGGUGCCAUGGAGUCCAUCUCGUCAUUGUUGUACACCGGACUACGUUGCUCCGAUGAGGCUGGCCACCGAUGCUUUGUUGCCAACCGACCAAACUGCGAAACCUCAGUCUUCAAUCUAUUGGGUCUGCUGAUCCUUAAGAAGCUCGCAAAUGAUCAUGACAAUUGCGGGAAGAUCGGGCACACUAGAGGCCUGCUAGCUAAGAUCAUAGACUUCACCGGUGGCGGCAGGAGGCUGGGAAGAAAGGAGGGGGUAUCGGAGUCUCAAAUUGAAGCAGUGAAGCGGUCGUUGCAGGUGGUGAAAAUGCUGGCAAGCACACCUGGGAGCACUGGCAGGGCACUUCGUCAUGAGAUAUCAGAGAUAGUUUUCACAGUGAGCAACAUCAGAGAAAUCUUGCAGUAUGGAGAGAACCACAUCAUGCUUCAGAAGUUGGGAAUUGAGAUUCUAACAAGCCUGGCGAUGGACGAGGAGGCGAGGGAGAGAAUUGGGGGCACCGGAGGAAUAGUCAAGGAACUGCUGAGGAUCUUCUUCAGGACUGGCUUUACUGAGGAGCAGAAUUCUGUGAAGGUUGAGGCAGGGGAGGCGCUGGCGAUGUUGGCAUUGGAGAACAAGCAGAAUUGCGACAGGAUUCUGAAGGAGGCUGGUGUCAUGGAGAGGCUCGUGAGCUCUUUAAGCGACCCGGUGCUUCGGAUUCAUUCGUCGAGGAUUCUAAGGAACUUGUGCAGCUACGCUGGGACCGAAUGCUUCUUCCAGCUGAGAGGAGUCACUGCAGGCACUACCAUGGUGCUGAAAGUGAUUUUGGUGGAAGGGAUGGAAUUACUGGAGGUAUCUCUUGGUCUUGCAGUAGAAAUCAUCAAACUCAUGAGUCCUGAAGAAUAUAAUGUGGAACUUGCCAAGGCUGGCAUUAAGGAGACAGAGUUCCCAGAGAAGCUAGUGCAGAUAUUGAACAAGUAUAACUACCCUUCGAUUAAGGUCCCGAGAAUAAGGAGGUUCGUAAUUGAGCUAGCAAUAUGGAUGAUGAAAUCUGAUGGAAGGUAUAUCAGAAUGUUUAGAGAUUUAGGCAUGGAGAAGGAGCUUAAGCAUGUCUUGGAAACCACAUCAGAGCUUGAAUGCUUCAAUGUUUUCUCUGGGAGCGUGGGACUGAGCAGACAUAACACAGCCCUCUGCUCUCUUGUAAACAUUGCAUUAGAGAUGAUGGGCACAAAAUGAAGCCACAUACGCCCAUGUCUUCACUCCUCUUAUAUAUAA